CUCUCUCUCUCUUGUUUAUGAUAAUGGAAAAACAUCAGUUUUUUGCAUUCAAUAAUUUCAUCAGAGUUUGAUUUGGUUGGAUUCUGCUUUGUUUUAUGUCUUAUGGUGUUUUAAGUUAUGAAGUUGCUUUAUUCUUUUUACCAAACUGCUCUCUUUAAGCAGUGAGUUUAUCUGCAAGAUUUGGACUAUUGUGAUUAUAUCUGAUAAGCUGAAGAUUCGUGGACCCUUUUGAUACUUACAACACAUAUUAAAUAAAAAAUGGAAUGUUUGUUUGUUUUGUCAUGUCUAACUUGAUUCCUCGGUCUCUUGGCUAUGGCUUAAAGAGAGAAGGUGAUCUUGGUUGGUUGCCAAUUAUCAAGAUAGUUUUCUGUCAGUGAUUACUUUUCUGAUUUCUUAUGUAUGAAAGAUGAGGAACUUUUAGGGAUAUUUCUUUUCUUUUGUUUCUACUCUUUCCUUUUGUGGCUAAAUGCUUGGGCAGUGAAGUUGAGAUGAGCUACUGGUAGCUCAUCCCCUGGUGGAUGAAGCUGCUUUUGACCCUUCUAUGAUUUGGAAGGGAUCUGGAUCUGGAGAUAUUUGCAGCCUGCUAUCCGGCUAGAUUGAAUCAUAAUGUCAGCUUAUGGCCAUCAAAUGGAGCGGCAGUUCUCCGCUCAGAGUCUCUUAAGUAGAGGAGAUACUGGAACAGAUAUGGGAAGCCGCUAUCUGGUUGAGUCGGGAUUCUACAUGACAUCUUUUGCUGCAACAAUCUUCAUUGCUAGUCUUGCAACUGUUGGGGUUCUACUAGUAACUUUGCUGGUCACAUUAGCAGUGAUGCUGCAGUCCUGUGAAAGUAGGUGCAAGGGGGUUGUGGAGAUUGAGAAAUCAAGUGAUAGUUACCAUUAUUGCAACAUUUUUUCUCUGCAUGGGGAGCUCAACAGCUUGGAAGCAAAUGAGGUUCCUCCGGUCUGCAGGAGUUUUGCCAUUCAAUAUAUCAAAGGAGGACAAUACGAACGAGAUUUCAAUUUCACAAUGUUGAUGAUUGAAAGUUUUCUCAACACUGUUUCACCAUCACAUGAUCGUCUGGAUGUGGUGUUGAUGGACAUAGAUGACAUCCUUGCUUCAGAUCCUCAGUACACCAAUCAAUUAAUGCACCAGUUCAACCAAAUUGGCUGUUGCAAACCUAGUGAUGCAACCUGUCUGAAGCACCUGCAUACUCAGGAAUUGUACAGGAAACUUCAGUCCAGAGGAUGGCCUUUGAUUCUGCUAUCAAGGAAGCCUGUGAGACAGCGAAAUGUUACCAUUGAGCACCUUACUUCUUUAGGAUAUACUGGUUGGUCUUCUUUGAUUAUGAGGUUGGAUAGCGAAAUGGAAAUGGAUAGCCGUGAAUACUUUUCUAGACGAAGAGCAGCAAUGGAGAAAGAAGGUACUCGGAUACUUAGUGUGAUCAGCACCCAAAUGGAUGCUUUAACUGGAUCAUCUUUGGGAAGACGUGUUUUUAAGCUUCCAAACCCUCUAUUUUACAAUUUUGAAAACCAAGUUGUAAAUAGGAGACAUUCACAUUAGAUCUUGUGUCCCAUUCUGUUGUGUCUUUGCAUGGUGUUUUUCCAAAUUUCUACUGCAUACUGGAACCUGCGGCUAAGCUGAAUUUUUCUUUUCAACAGAAUCUGAUAUCAGCAAUGUUAUUCAAAACCAAUUCCCCCCCCCCCCCCCUUUUGAUAGCAGCUUUCAACGAGAGAAAUGACUUGUGUUAUACUGGUUAUUAUCAACUGAGGUAUUUGAGUGCUAGAUUGAGUGGCAUUGGGUGCAGGACUCCCUGAGAUUCAAUGCUUCAAAUGUCACUUGUCAGGUUACUUUUACGAUCUGCUAACUUGUUCUUGUAGCAAAUUCUAAAGUUUAAUGACACCUUCUUGUACAAAUAA